AACUUUUGAAUUCAGCCAUGGCUUACCUCAACGCGCUUGUUGUUGUGGGAGCCAUCGUAUUGAGCGUUAUGCUCAUCAUAUUGCUGAUCGUCAAGUCAAGUCAUCAAGCUCAACCACAGCCUGAGACAGACUUGGAGCUGGGAGCGCUUCCCGCUGCGACGAUCCUUGUUACUUCCAAUUCACACAGCGUGUGGACAAAGCAAGAGGUGACAACGGUGUCACAAUCACAGGUUUCAGUGAACACCAGGAGUCACAGUUCAUCACAGUCUUCAGGUGGCGAUGUCUUCCAGGCGGAGCGGGGCACUGCGGAGGAUUCUGCUCAGCGCCUGCUUCAGUCGCCAACGGUUACAGGCAUAGCAGUGAUACCCUCGUCUGGGACUUUGCAGUGCAGUGUUUUUGAGGAGACAUCAUUGUCACGCAAAGAAGAAAGUGCAGCCAGCGUCCUGACGCAAGUUCCAAGCCAAGAGAAGUCAUCAGGUGGUGACGCCUUCCCGGGUGAGGUAGGCACUUCCGAGGAGGAUUUCGAUGAGUGCCCACCGCGCUCCCCAAAAGGUGCAGGCCUUGCAGUGAUCCCCACAAACCUGCAAAGCAGCACACUUGAGGAGGAGGCCACAGAGUCAUCACCAAGCGUAGACAAAAGUGCAGCCAGCGUCCUGACGCAAGUUCCAAACCAAGAGAAGUCAUCAGGUGGUGACGCCUUCCCGGGUGAGGUAGGCACUUCCGAGGAGGAUUUCGAUGAGUGCCCACCGCGCUCCCCAAAAGGUGCAGGCCUUGCAGUGAUCCCCACAAACCUGCAAAGCAGCACACUUGAGGAGGAGGCCACAGAGUCAUCACCAAGCGUAGACAAAAGUGCAGCCAGCGUCCUGACGCAAGUUCCUAAUGACACAAAGCCCUCAGGAGGCGAAGCCAUCGCGAAGCGAAGUUCUGAGGAGGCAUCCAAAGCAGUUUCUGAUGAACAUGCUGAAGGAGAGGCAGUGCAGAGCAGUGUUUCUCCGGAGGCCGAGAAAGCAGAUGAAGCCCCAGGCGGCAAAGUCGUCAGGAUGGAGCAAAGUUCCUCAGAGGAGUCUGGAGAUCGAGUGGCUUCUGAAGAUGAAGAAGGUGCUGGCGGACUGCAGUGUAGCGAUCCCUAUGAGGAGGGCAAGGCAAAGAUUGCGCUUGCGAAUUGCGACAAGAUCUUGGAGAAUUUGUAUCUUGGUGGAGUCGAGGCAGUCUCAGACCAUUCGAAGCUCACUUCUCAAGGAGUUCGAGCCAUAUGUGUUUGCUGUCGAGAGUUUGAAAUUCCAUCCAAGAGCUUUGCAACCGGUAUCGACUACUACCGGGUGGACGUGGAGGAUAUGAGCAAAGAACCACUGGAAGAAUUCUUAGAAGAAGCAACUGAUUUCAUAUACUCAUGGACCUCCCAAAACUUGCCAGUUCUAGUUCAUUGCCGAGCUGGCGUUUCGCGGAGUGCGUCCGUGGUAUUGGCCUACAUGGUCCGCUUUGCCAAUUUCACUUUGAACGAUGCCUUCGUAUACCUCCGAGCAGCCAGACCUGCCGUGACUCCCAAUCUAGGCUUCAUGGAGAAACUGGUGGCAUACGAGGAGGAAACCAAUGACACAGAAGGCACAAUUGACACCCGUAAAUACGAAAGCUGGUUUACCUUCCAGGCUUCAUCGCCUGUAGCCAUCCCGGACUUAAAGCCGGACGAAGCUUGAUGGUGGUGUUCAGCAACUGAGAAGGUGUAAACCACGGGAAGGUAGCUCUGAAACAGUGCGUACCACUCCCUCCUUUGUCUGCUGAAAAAAAAGAGUGUACUUGAAAGUUCUUGAAAGGGAGGAUUUUGAGAAAACUGC